AUGGCAGGAUUCUCGGCGGCUGCGGCUGCCACGGGCUCGGCCUUGGACAGGCACCGCGCCAUGAAGGUUGCGGUGAAGAAGCUGUCGCGCCCGUUCCAGUCGCUGAUCCACGCCAAGCGGGCCUACCGCGAGCUGCGUCUUCUCAAGCACAUGAACCACGAGAACGUAAUUGGGCUGCUGGAUGUCUUCACACCUGACAAGUCUCUGGAUGUAUUCAACGACAUGUACCUGGUGACGCACCUGAUGGGCGCCGACCUCAACAACAUCGUCAAGUGCCAGAAGCUGACCGACGACCACGUGCAGUUCCUCGUCUACCAGACCCUUCGCGGCCUGAAGUACAUUCACUCGGCCGGAAUCAUUCACAGGGAUCUGAAGCCCAGCAACCUGGCGGUGAAUGAAGACUGUGAGCUCAAGAUCCUGGACUUUGGGUUGGCGCGGUUGACGGACGAGGAGAUGACUGGCUACGUGGCCACCCGCUGGUACCGCGCGCCCGAAAUCAUGCUCAACUGGAUGCACUACAACCAGACCGUGGACAUCUGGUCUGUGGGCUGCAUCAUGGCUGAACUCCUGACCGGACGGGCACUUUUCCCUGGGACUGACUACAUCGACCAGCUGAAGCUGAUUAUGCAACUGGUGGGGACACCUGGCCCUGAGCUCAUGCAAAAGAUUUCCUCUGACUCGGCCAGGAACUACAUCCAGUCGCUGCCCGUGAUGAAGAAACGCGACUUCCGGGACGUGUUUCUCGGGGCGAAUCCCAACGCGGUGGAGCUGCUGGAGCGCAUGCUGGUGCUGGACACCGAGCGGCGCGUGACGGCCAGCCAGGCGCUGGCGCACCCGUACCUGGCGCAGUACCACGACCCCGAGGACGAGCCCGAGGCGUCGCCCUUCGACGAGUCGCACGAGAACCGACUGCUCAGCAUCGACGAGAUUAAACAACUGGCCUUUGAAGAGAUCGUGAAUUACGUUCCGCCAGAGACGGAUGACAUGGAUAUGUAAGUGAUCUGGCGCCUUGGAGAGCGGUGAGGAGGAGGUGGUGGUGGUGAUGGUGGUGGGGGCAGGGUGGGUGGCAUCCUCGCAAUCUCGUCACCGCCGUCGGCCCCUUCCUAGAGGCGCGUCCAAAAAUUCUCGGACUGGAGUUUGUGAGUCGGCGGCGAUAUCCGUGACGUCACUCAAUUCUAAUUGGAGGCCGAUGCCAAGACCCCAGUUGUCAUCGGUCAGGGAGCGCAGGUGGGCAUUCUUCUUCUUCCUCCUCCUUGUGCAAGUAACGAAGCAAUAAAGGCAACAACGGGAACCAGGGACCCCGAUAGCCAAGAUGACGCGCAGGCUUCAACAUCGCAAGCCACGCCUGGCGCGUGCUAUUUAUUCGAGUCGUUUCACGGCGAGGAGGCUUUCUUCCGUGGCUCUAACCUCCCAGGGCGCGCUUGGGAGAUGUGUGCGAGUGUGCCCCAUGUUGAAAAUGUACCCUCCGCGGCUAAACGGGUGCGAGGGAUUAAAAGUGGUGGAAGCACGUUGAUUUCACCGCCGUUGCAAAUCCGCUUAGAACGCUUGAUUUGAGGAAAGUGGGCCGAAGAGAAUUCCUGGAGAAAACGCCGACCACCCCCUUCCCCCGCCCCCCACCACUUCAUUAGAAACAUCUCAAGAACCCUUUUACACCACCCAGGGUCAGUUACAGCUCAGAACUGGAGAAAUCUGCUGUAAAGACUUUCGGUCAGCGGGGCUACAAAAGUCACCCGAUUCGAAAAGCAAUAAAAAAAAAGCCAUAAACCAACCAACCACGGGGAUGGGCAGUGGUGCCAUCACACGUUGGCUGCUGCUCUUUUUAAGUGCCUUACAUGCUUGCCACGUCCCCUGCACGGCCCCGCAGCCGGCAUUAGCGGAUGAGCCGUAGCGGAAGGAGCGGGCCUGCUCCUAUUCCGCUGCCGUGGCACCAUUCCUGUGUAAAGAAACCAGUCCCGUCCCACGAUUAAAGGGAGGUUUAUUUUUUAUUUGUUAUUUUUAAAUGACAUUAUAUUCACAAUAAAAUGGUAUAUUUAUCCUCACGGGCUGCUGAUAUAAUACAUAAAGCAACGCAAAGGUAUUUGCAGCUAGUCCAUCGUGUGGGCGACACUAAUGUGUUUUACGCCGAUUGAGGCACAUCGGCAGCAAGCCAGUAAUGCAAUGAAUGUCCGGGAGCUGUGUUAUAAGCGUGGAGACCACAGCAAGCUGUUGCAACAGAUACGUGAUACGUCGUGUCUGUAACAAUGACUUGGAAAAUUGUUUAUGAACGCACUAAGAGACCCAGAUGACCUUCGGCUGGUGUGUGGCCCCGAAUACCGAACGUGGUGGUUGACAUCCAUCGCAUGUUGUCGUGCACGGCGCACGGCCCACACAGGUCACUCUCCCAACUGAGGCGGAGGAGGAACACGCUUGGUGGUAAUGACGACAGUAUUACUACCGUGUCGGUUUUCCAGGCAGUGCCGUUACUCACCUGCAAUGUGUUUUUUUUCCGAGUUGUACCGCGUGGUGGCUUGACGUAUCGAUCGAUCGCUCGCUCGCUCGGACGCCGCAUUUGGGAAAUUUCACUCGCUGGACGGCAUUUUUUUUGAAGGGGGGCAACUAAACACGCGAAGCGAAACGUCCGCACACCGUGCCGAACAAUACCGGCGGGCAAAACCCGGGGAGCUUUUGACAGUGUUGCCGCUGCGUUAGACGCGAUAUGUCAUAUGCAUCGUAGGCGCGCGAGGCGGUACCGGCUGGAGGUGAUGUGGGUGCCAGGUUUCUUGAAGACGUCCUCUGCUACGCCCGAGCAUGUCGUAAAUCGCCCCAAUCGGGGCACUGAGCACCGGAAAUGAAAAGUGGAACAAAACCUAAAAAGGCCUCGGUGCUCAACAUUGGGAGAAGGGGCAAAUGGUGAGGGGAUAAAACACACCAGCCACGAGCCUUACUAAAAGCCCUAACUAGUUCAACCCCAACCAAUCCGCUAGCCGUUACCCUAAUCAAUGUACUGAGCCCUAUGCAACUCGAACCAAGGAGCAACUAUCAACGUGCACCAACUACCCCCAACUAACUAGACCCGCACCUACGAUUAGCACGGUUUGGCUACGUACGUACGGUGCGAAAGAAGUUCAACGUACGUUCAUAAGGCCGCUUGUACGAGCCCCAACUCUACCCAACUAACUAACCACGACUAUGACCUCUCCCCCGUGACUGCCUCUCAAAGUGUCAUCGCCACCUCCAGUGCUUUAUAACGCCAGGCCCCCCAUUUUCACCGCUUUUCACUUCUGGUGUUGGCCGGUGCCUCGCAGAAGGGCGGGGGUGUGUGGGGGGGGGGCACAGCCAUCGCGUCAAGUUGUGUUAUGGUUCUCUCAAAGAGUUUUAAGAGUAUUGUACAUAAUGAUAUUUUGUCUUAAUUACCUUUCAUGUGUAUCAUUCUUACGUAAGCCGCUCAUGAUUGCUCUAUUCGUGUUCGUCUGUUCGUGUCGUCGGCGUUUUCAUCUUUUUCCAAUUGUGUAAAUACGGUCGGCAGCGACGCUCCUCAUCCGUCUAUUAUAUCAUUAAUAACAGAACUCUGUCAUUGUGUAGUUUGCGGGGCCGCUGCCGAUUUUAGGCCGAAAAUAAAAAUUCCUAUCGUUGCUUAAUAAAAACAAAAAAUAUCUCAAGGGAAACGAC